UUUAUACGACCACCCUCAGCGUGACCUGUAUGGCUGUUGACCAAGUAUGUCUUGCAUUCACUUGUGUGUGUGCAAAAGCCACAAAUAAUAUAUGACUGGGCGGGCACGCUGUUUGUGAGGAGGAAAAGCGGACGUGACGACAGGCUGUAGAGGACGCUAAAGGCAGUGCCUUUAAGGUACGCCCCCGAUAUUGUUGUCCAGUUCGAAAUCGGGAGAAAGGUUUCCCCGGGAGUUUUUUGGGAGGUAAAAAGGAACCAAACUAAAAGUUCCUGGAUGUGGCAUCACUGCGCCACAGUAUUCACACAGAUCGAUUAUGAGUAUGUUUUUAAUCCUGCGGUUAAAGAUCAACGUCUGUGUGAUCUUGUUGUUUUGUAAAACAAUAAUUGGAUUAUGCAGUCUCACCGUAGUCCGGAUUACUUCAUUUGCUUCUUGUUCUUUUUCUAUACUUAGAGCUUUAAUUGUCUUUGGACAGAAAUCACCUUUCAACCUCUGCAACAAAUAAGAUUUCUCCACACAUUUCCUGUGUGUACGCCUUUUUAAUCCGCCUGACAUAAUCAGAUUAAGAAAAGAGAAAACUGCUUCUCGGGAGGACUGAAAAUCACAAGAGUGCUUUCGGUAUGGAGUUCUGGCUCCUCCAGGAAAUGUGUGUUUAUUAUUGAGGGAAUGGCACAGUGGCUGAUAAAGCGCUGCUUUCAUCACGCCAACCCUUUCAUACUUCUUUAUGACUAACGGAUAUCAACUUCAGAGUUUAAAAAAAAAUUGUUUUUUUUCCCACUUGGGGCCUCAGGGACGUGAUGUCAGGACGUGGUGUUAGAGCUCAGAUCUGCUGCUGCUGUGGACCGGCUCCCUGCUCACUCUGCUGUGCCUUCUGUCCUCCCGUCAAAUCGUCCACCAGCACACGAAUCAUGUACACCCUCUUCCACAUCAUGAGCUGCGCCGUCUCCUGCCUCAUGUUGUCACGCACCGUCUCCGAGCUGGUCAGGGAAAAUGUGCCUUUCUUUAACGUGAUGUGUGACCAAGCACACGGCGGAGGUCACUGUGAGAUGCUCGUGGGCUACUCGGCAGUCUACAGAGUCUGCUUUGGCACUUCCUGUUUCUACCUGAUGAUGGCCAUCUUCCUCAUUGAUGUGAAGUCCAGUCAGGACUUCAGGGCGCUCAUACACAACGGUUUUUGGUUCCUGAAAUUGAUCACACUGCUGGGGAUGUGUGCUGCGGCCUUCUUCAUCCCAACUGAAUCCUUCCUGCACGCGUGGCAUUAUGUUGGCGUGGUGGGAGGAUUUGCCUUCAUCCUCAUCCAACUUAUCCUUAUCACGGCGUUUGCACACACCUGGAACAAAAACUGGCUUACCGGAGCAGCAGAAAAUAAACGUUGGUACUUGGCAGUGACGUGCGCCACCCUCUUCUUCUACACCAUCGCCACCAUGGCCUUCACCUUCAUGUACAAGUACUACACGCACCCCAUUGCCUGCCAGUUCAACAAGGCCCUGCUGUGGAUCAACCUGGGACUCUGCAGCCUCAUGUCCUUCAUCGCCGUCACGCCGUGUGUGAAGCAAAAGCAGCCUCGAUCAGGGCUCCUCCAGGCCUCCAUCAUCAGCUGUUAUGUCAUGUACCUGACUUUUUCUGCACUGUCCAGUCGCCCUCCUGAGAAAGUUGUGUAUCAGGGCAUGAACAUGACUGUCUGCUACCCCAGCGUGGGACAAGAUGGCAUUCAGAAGGAGGGCAAUGCUGUGGCCAUCAUUGGAGCUGCAAUCAUGUACUGCUGUGUUCUCUUUGCAUGCAAUGAAGCCUCCUACCUUGCUGAGGUGUUUGGUCCCUUUUGGAUGAUCAAGGUUUACCGCUAUGAGUUCCAGAAAGCCACCUGCUGUUUCUGCUGCCCUGAGGAGGAAGAAGUGGAGGAAGAGUUUGUGGUUGACGAGGACCACAACAAAGGGUGUCAGAAGGUCAUUCACAACGAGACCCAGAGGGUGGCUUACAGCUACUUCUUCUUCCAUUUCGUCUUCUUCCUGGCCUCACUCUACGUCAUGAUGACUCUCACGAACUGGUUCAGCUACGAAUCAGCAGUGCUGGAGACCACCUUCACCCACGGCAGCUGGUCUACUUUCUGGGUGAAGAUGUCGUCGUGCUGGGCUUGCGUGAUUCUCUACUUUUGGCUGCUGCUGGGCCCUUUGUGCAGCUGUCAAAACCAGUCCAGACCUCGACGCUCACGCAUUAAACGCCGCUCGCCGUCCUCCCGUCACGUCACCGUCAGCGUCUGACCAGAGAAGGGAGGAAGGUCACACCUCUUUCUUUACCCUAGUGAGGACAUUUUUUUUGGUCCUGGAUGGACGCCACGUGGGUUUAGGGAUGAAAGACUCACACGGCAGUGAGAUGCUCUGAUGUUGUCUUGAAGACUGAUGACUUGCCAAAGUGAUGAGAAGAACUGUACGGGCAUGGAAAUACAGCAAAUCAGUGGACACUUUUUUUUUUUACUUUCUUAUAAUAACUAAAAAAAAACCAUCUAGCUGUUAGAAGUGGACUUAAAAAAAUAUUUUUGGGGAUGUGUCAAGAAGUCAUGUCCUGCUUGUUGUUAGUGAUAACAUGUUAUUAACCAUAAUUGUGAUGUUUACUUAGAGCAAGGGUGUCCAAAGUGUAUUUCUGUCCUGUAGCUACUUUUAGACUGUCCCUCAAUAAAUUAAGGAUAACAAUAAAACACAUUUUUAAUUCGAUACAUUGUUAGAUCUUAAUGUUAUUUUUACAUAAAACAUGGACAGUUGAGCAUACAUUGUCAUAUUUGGCAUCUUUAAUGUACAAAAAGUAUCAAAGUGACGCCGUUUGGACACCCCUGACCUACAGUAGGGAAGGGAUUUAUACGGCCCCACACUGCAAGUUAUUUGCCACUCGCCAAGAUUCAAACAUGUAUUUCUGGAAAUAUCCCACAUUUUAGGAGCUACCGUAUUUCUCCGACCAUUGGGUGCACAGGAUUAUAACCACCCCCAGAAUAACACAACAAAUACCCAGAAUCCCAUGCAUCCAUGACUGUUCCUGGCUAUAUUAUACAACCCCCCUCCGUGCGUCGGUUGAGGUGGGCGGGGUUGGGAGAGCGGGGGUGUAUAAUAUAGCCAUGAAGAGUCAUGUGUGCAUGGGAUUCUGGGUAUUUGUUGUGUUGUGUUACUGUGAGGAUGUUCUCCCGAAAUGUGAAGUGAAGGGAAUUAUAUUUAUAUAGCGCUUUUUCCUCAAGGGACUCAAAGCGCUUUACAUAGUGAAACCCAAUAUGUCUAAGUUACAAUUAAACCAGUGUGGGUGGCACUGGGGGCACGUUGGUAAAGUGUCUUUCCCAAAGACACAACAGUAUUGACUAGAAUGGCGGAAGCGGGAAUCAAACCUGCAACCCUCAAGUUGCUGGCACGGCCGCUCUACCAACCAAGCUAUACCGCCCCGAAAUGUGUUUGUCAUUCUUGUUUGGUGUGGGCUCACAGUGUGGCGCAUAUUAGUAAGAGUGUUAAAGUUGUUUAUAUCACAACUUUCAGUGUAACCUGUAUUGCUGUUAACCAAGUAUGCCUUGCAAUCUCGUACGUGUGAUGAUAGAAGCAGCGAAAUGCAUGCGUCCGGCCGGCACGCGGAAAGCGAGGACAUGUUGUAGAGGACGUUAAAAGUAAAGCCAUCACGGCACGCCCUCAAUAUUGUAGUCCGAGUGAAAAUCGUAGAAUGUUAGCCCCGGGUGAUGUCCGGGAGAGGCACCAAAAUCCGGAAACACCCCGAAAUAAUCGGCGAUGGGGUCGGUGAUUAUGCAGCUGAGCCACAUCAGAGUGGCUAAAGAGCCGCAUGCGACUCCAUAGCCGCGGGUUGCCGACCCCUGUUACAUAUCAACUGACGCUCUGGUAAAAGUUGGAAUUGGCACCAAACACCUUUUACCACAACAAUAAUUAGUGAGUCAACACUCACUAAUGCCAUCUGUCCACUAAAGUGGAUAGCGCAAUCCCCCAAUUCGUCACAUGCCAUGUGUCAGCCAACCGGUGGUGUGGUCCAAGUUGGAAUUGCCACAAAACACAUUUUGAGAUAUUCAACAUUCUACUGCCAUCUAGCGGCUAAAGUGGUUUGUGCAACCCCCCAAAUUUGUCAUGUUUCAUGUGUCAGGUAAAUCGCGAAAAAUGGGGCCAUAUAAAUUCCCUUCCUACUUUAGAAAGUCUUUUAAGACGACUAAGAAUAUUAUUUUUACACUAAAUAUGUUUACAUUUUUUUCUUUUAAAAAAAUGACUGCCUAAAAGGUCAAAGCUGUGUCACAUGUUUUGUGUCAUGCUGAUGUCAUCAUGCACAUGUUUAUUCCUGUUGUUUGGCAUAUAGUUAUACCUGAAAGAAGGCUCAAUGUGUGUCUGUCAUCAACACAGGUGUCGUGUGUGUGUGUGUGUCAGUCAUCAGGUUGUGGUCAUCAUCCUGCAAAAGUUGGCAUGAAGGCAACUGGACUCUUCUUGUUUGUUGACGACCAUUUCACAUUUCAUUUAAAAGGAUUCUUCAGUUCUGAUUUGCAGGUGUGUAGUCUCCCUGUGUAUGUCUGCUGGCUGUGGGGCCACACCUGGGCUAAUUUUGGGGAGCAAAGCAGAAUUUUUAUAAACACGUACACAGUAUAUAUUUUUAUUGUUACAUUCCAUUCAGAAGAUAUAUACUCAAAUGUAAACUGAUACAAUUGUUAUAGAUUCCAACUCAUGUGGGACCCGGAAUAGAAGCAGUGGUAUAAAAAGGAUAUAAAUCUGUCUUGUUUACAUGUUAUUUGCUAGUCAGGUUUAAAUGGUAUUUGCUAGUCAAGAAAAUGGGCAACAAUUUUUUUUCUUUUUUUCUUCCAUUUGAGCAUUUUUCUUAUUUCGAUUUUUCUAUUUUCUUAUAAUUUAUACUUUUAGGGUUUUUUUUUGCUUAGCUGCUGUGCUAAUUUGAUGGCAAAUCUUGGUUGCAAUGACAAUACAGCUUUUGAACAAUCUAUAACAAAAUGCAUGUUGUUACCCGCAGGUUAACUAUACCGUGCUUUUAUUUUGAAGCUUACUUUGCACUGUACAGUUUUGAUGCUUUUUAAAUGGAAGAUAGUUGUAUUGCCGCUGUUGCGUCAUGCUUAUGAGUGAUAAUGGAGAAGUUACUGUAACAACACAUGUUGACAUAAACUGACUUAUUUUCCAAAAUAAUUCCAAAGCAUUCAACUAUAUAUAUAUACAUAUAUAUAUAUAUACAUAUAUAUAUAUAUAUAUGUAUAUACAUAUAUGUGUGUGUAUAUAU